AUAGUGUAAGCCAGCUCAGAAGUCAGAGUUCUCAGCUUUCUUUCUUUUUUGUAACUAAAAGAAUGGCAUUCCUAAAGGCAUUUGCAGCUUUGCUCAUUGCAUCACUUGUGCUUGUCCAUUUCACUUAUGCCCUUCAAGAGGUAAUUAACAGCAAACCACCAGCACCAAGUCCUCAACCUCUAAAGCCAAUAGAUUGUACGGGAUCUUGUAAAACGAGGUGCAGCAAAUCGUCUCGGCAAAAUCUAUGCAACAGAGCAUGUGGAAGUUGUUGCCGUACCUGCCACUGCGUGCCACCAGGGACUUCUGGAAAUUACGAAGCAUGCCCUUGCUAUUUCAACCUUACUACUCAUAACAGCACCCGCAAAUGUCCUUAAAAUUCAUCGCAUAAUUUUCUUCUUCUGCAAAUUCAAAUGUACCUCUUAUUAAAUACUACUAUUAUUAUGUUGUGUACUAUGUCAGCUGUUGAUUUUGAAAUUUAAGUGUAAAAUUGAAGGUUGAGAGUUUUUAAUGCAUUAUUAAUAUGGGUAUUAUUAAAUUGAUUGAUCUGUUAGACUCUAGUCGUCCCAUUUACUGU